CCGAUCCUUUCGAUUGUUGAUGUUUGUUUUGUGAAUGUGUGUAAAUUCUGUUUUUUAAUAUCCUAGUUAUAUUAGGUUCGAUCGUCACUGACUAUCGUUUGUAGCAGAAUCUUUCAGAGUCAACAUAGUGAUUGUUUGCUGAGAAACCAUAGCCGAUGACGUACUACACACACCUAAUAUGAAAUUUAUAAAUAAUAGUAUCGGUUCAGAGUAUUUAGAAGAUUCUAUAACCGAAGCAGAUUUGGAAAAACAAAUGGCAGGCUGUGAAGUGAAAUCUGAAAUGUCUAAUGGGCAUAUUACAGACAAAAUUAAAAUUCCAGAGAGCAAAGACAGAGAAUUAAUUAGAAAAUCGACUUUAACAAACGGAAUUAAUGGAAAGACUGGAAGCCCAGCAAAAUGCAAUGGAAAAGAAAAUGGAUUUUAUGACGAUGAAGAGGACUUCAACUUAGUUCUUGAAGAUUCUUCAGAAGGAGGAGAUUCACCAUCGAAGAAAAAUUAUGACGACAGCCUCUCAGCUCCUCAAAUUGUCCAAGAAAUUGAGGAUUUAUUGGGCAUUAGUUCAAAUAGUGCUGGAAUUCAAGAAGAACUUAACAAUCUUGAUGGAACAGAAUCAAUUGAAGAUCAUUUAGAUAGUUUGGAAGAUAUUGAAGACAACAGUCAAGAAAUUCAAGAGCCCCCUGUGGAAGUCGAUGAGCACAAAGUUGAAGAAAGCCUCAUUCAGAAGAAAGAUGUUGAAAAAUCAACAGAUAACUCUGAAGUAACAAAAGAGGGUAACAGAUCUGAUGUAGAUUUGGUAGUUGACAAAGUUAAAGUGGGAGUGGAAAAAGGAGAUGCAAGUAAACCUAGUGAAGAAAGUCCAACUGCUAAAACAGACAGCAAAGUAGCUAGUUCAGCUUUAGCUAUUACAGAUCAAGUGAAGGACAUAAGUGAAGUCAAAUUGAUAACCAGCCAGGAUGAUAAAACUAAAAAUAGUGCAAGUAGCACUUCAGACGAUGGACUAACAUCAUCACAAAAAUCAAAUGUUUCUGGAAAUUCUGAAGAAUGGAUGGUUUUAGAUUCAAUUGAAACAUCAGAGGAUGAAAUCCCAUCUGAAGUCCAAUGUUUGACUCAAGAUAAACCUCUUGUACAAUCUGAAAGUAAAGUUGAUGAACUUGGUGAUGCCGUUACCAAAUCAGAUAACAGUAAAAUAGCUGUUGAUAAGGGAGAAACUAGUGAAGCUCUUAUGGAUUGUGCAAAUGAAAGUUUGCCUGAAACAAAAGAAUCUGAACCAAUAUCAAGCUCGCCUGUUCUUUCAUGUGAAGGUGACAAACUCAGGAAAAGAAGUGCAUCUAUAGAAGUUGUUGAUAUCAUUGAGUUAAAGAAGCCAAGAAUAGAAGACCAAAGUGUUUUAGCAGAAAAUUUACCUGUUGAAAGUUUACCUGUUUUGAAAAGACCUUCAUCGCCAUCUAGUGAAAAUGAGAACAAGCGUACAAAACUGCAUGAAACUUUAGAAGAUUGUAAAUCUGUUGGUGGUGAAAAGGAAAAUACAAUAAAAUCUGAUGAUAAAAUUAAAUCGGUUAGUGUUGAAAAGGAAAAUACAACAAAAUCUGAUGACAACAUUAAAUUUGUUGGUGGUGAAAAGGAAAAUACAACAAAAUCUGAUGACAACAUCGAUGUAUCUUGUUUAAAUAAUCUUGAAAAAGAUAACAAAGUUGUAGAUGUUUUGUCAGAAAGUACAGAAGGAAAGAAAACAAUAGAAUGCAAAAAAACUGCAGAAGAAAAUAUUGUACUGAAUACAUCAGAAGACUCACUCACCUCUGAUGUUAUAAGUCCAAAUGCUUCAAGUAGAAGUGAAGAUGUGGUAUUAUCUGAAACAGUUACUGAAAAGGUUGCCAAAAACAUUUCUGUACAGGAAAGUGAUACUGUAACUUUUAAAACAUCAUUGACACAAAUUAUUGAAAAGGCAUUACAGAGAGAAGAUGACCCUUCUCUAACAACUCUUCAAACAGAACAAAUUGCAACCAGUCUGAAAAAUAAAUCAAUUACAAAUUCUGAAAGAAAACUGUCAAGUUCAGAAAAAGUUAUUGUGAGUGAUGAAAAUAAUAAAAAAGAUACUAGUUGCAUUGUCGACAAAUCAAAAGAGAUGAAAUUAUCUCCUGAAGAAUUACCAUCAAUCUCAAGUAAAACGUGUGAAACAAAAAAGGAGGAACCCAAAAAGUCAACAUCUUUCUCAAAAGAAAUAUCCUCUUCUAUUAGAAAUCUAGAAAAUAAACUUGCUGGGAAUGUUUCAGAUAAAAAGUCAAUUAAAAAUGGAAUUGAAAAGGCUCAAGAAUCUAAUAUACCUGUGAAGCCCGAACCAAAGAAGAUGACUAACCUAGAUUUUGCUAUUGAGCGAGUUGUAGAAAAGGCAAGAAUUCAAGUUGAGAAAAAAGUACCGAUCUUGAAAAAAUUCCAUAAAGAUCAGCUGAAAAAACUUAAACGGUCAGAGCUUGAAGAGAUCAUUGUUUCUAAAAUAUGUGAGGCCGUGUCUUAUAAAAGUGAAAUAGGACAGAUGAGGUUGCGUACUCAAAAGUUAGAGGAAACCAACGAAAUGUGGCGGAAAAAAGUUCACCAGAUAGAGAAACAAAAUAAGGAGUUGGAAAUGGUACUAAAACGGUUCUUGAAUGAAUUAUCACACAUUAAGCGUGAGAAUCAAAACAAACUGCCGUUACCAUUCAAGGUGACUAGAUCAGUGGGACUGCAAGUGGUGUUGGCCAACUCGAUGCAUGGAGCUCUGGUAGCUUCUAGAAACAAAUCAAACAACGAAGCUGCACAGACACAAGAACAACAAGGGCCUAGAACUACACAGGCUCCAGAACAACAAGGGGCUAGAACUAAACCUGAGAAAGAUAAUGCAAAGGAAGUUGUUAAACCUGCAACAACAUUCAUGCCUCCGAGCCUAUCACUGUCAAAAGGAAGGAUUGGGCGUCCACCCAAAACCGCAUCGGCUCCAAGCUCUCGACCUACGACUCCUCAGUUAUUGGCUCCUAAGGUAACUCCACCCUCUACUCCGGUGAAGCAGACCACAACAACUCCUGUCAAAAUCAUUCAAACCCCAAAUAAAGAGUUGGAAGUUAUUGAUCUCACAGAUAAAGAAGAAAGAGCAAAAGCCUCACAAGCUACUGUUGGUGGACAAAUCAGAGUGGCGCCUUCAACACAAGUUUGUUUCGUCCAGCAAAAUUCGACCACUUCUCCGCCGCAACAGCCUCUGUAUCUUGUCCAGAAGCCUGGUCAGAGACCUCAGUUCAUUGUUGCUACAUCCACUCCUAGUCCUCAACGGCCAGGCAGUACUACAUCACGACCUCCACCGGCUCUCGCCCUUCCAGCUGUCUUCAGGGCGGGCGGCCACCUGAUACCAGUGCAGACCAGUCCUCAAGGCAAUGUAAAACCCAUCAAUACAACACAACAGACAGCAGUAGCUAGGGUUCCUGUUCCUAGUGGUAUGCAUAUGAAGCAGCAAACCACCACACAUAAGCAUCCUGCGCCUCUCCCUCCGGCUCCUGCGAUAGCUUCAAAACCAGGCAUGAAGGCUCCACCUCCCAAACCACAACUGAAAAUAGCCAAAACCAACAACGGUAUCAUGCUAUCGUGGAGCAUGUCGCUGUCAAAGGACAUUGCCGACAUGCAGAGUUACCAACUGUACGCCUACCAGGAGGGAAAUCAACCUCCGAGCACUCAACUGUGGAAGAAGGUGGGAGAUGUGAAGGCUCUUCCUCUGCCAAUGGCCUGCACCCUUACACAGUUCAUCGAAGGCCACAAGUAUCACUUUGCAGUAAGGGCAGUUGAUUCUUACGGCCGCAUCGGACCCUUCAGUUCUCCCAGUUCCAUAUUACUCUCUAAAUAAAAUCCAAGCAAUACAUUACCUCGUGAUUCUCAUUAUUUAUAUUUACUUUGUACUCUUUAUAUAGCGUAAGGAUGUUAUUUUUCUAGACUGUUACCAUUUAGUGGUUUUGCCAACAUGUACUUAUUGCACAACAAUAAAACUUUGAAUGGUGCCAAACUUUAAAUAUCCUGGCCAAUUGUUAUUUAUUUCUUUUUGCAUUUUUGUGUAGCGUGCAAGCAACAUGAUUUGUGAUAUUAUGUAAAUAAUUUGCUGAGACUGUAAAAUAUUUUUACUAGAUUUCAGUAUUAAAAUUUGUGGAAGUAUAUUAUUUGACAUUUUUGUUCUGGCAGUGUUUUAACUGGGCAGCUAGUUAGUUUUCUGCCUUUUCUUGUGAUUCAGUGACACUCUGGACCAUAUUUAAAUCUUCUCAGGUUUGUUUUUGUUUUAAGACUUUAAUACUUUUUAACCUAUUAAAACAUGCUUCAUGCGUUGCAAAACUAUUUAUCCACUGCCAUUACGUUGAAAUUAGGUUUUUAAUAAGACUUGUUUGGUUUAGAAAUAGAUAAUACAAAAUUAAUAUUUCAUACAAUGUAUAUAUUGUGACAUUUACAUUAAGUUAUUGUUAAUUUUAAACUGAAAUGUUUACUGUUAAUUAGAUUGACAGUCUAUUAGAUAAUUUUAGACUGAUUGUAAAGUUACAAAUGUAUGUAAUGUAUCAUAAAUGUUGUUUUCAAGGUU